AUGUUAGAACCUAAAUGUGUGUAUUACUUAACAUCGCUCAUCUCUCCUUCUCUGCAUCUCUCCAUUUAUCUGACCAUCUCUCUCUCUCUCUCUCUCCACUCCUUCACCCUCCCGUCUGAAGCAGUGUGUGAUGACGGGGAGUUUCUCUGUGCGGAUGGAAGAGUGUGUGUGUCGGCGAGCUGGGUGUGUGAUGGAGAAGCAGACUGCCCGGAUUCAUCAGACGAAACACUCCAUCAGUGCUCUCAGCAGGUGGUGUGUCCUCUGAACCACAUGCAGUGUGUUGGCUCACACAGGUGUGUCCCUUUCUCCAAGGUGUGUGACGGGGUGGCGGACUGUGAGGACGGCUAUGACGAGGGCGUUCACUGCAGAGAGCUGGUGCGGAGCUGCAGUGAGCACCGGUGUGAGUUUGGGUGUGUGAAAUUGCGGACAGGAGCAGAGUGCUACUGUGGAAGUGGCCUAGAACUGCAGGAAGACAGAAGAACAUGCAGAGAUCAUGAUGAAUGCGGGGAUUAUGGGACAUGUAGUCAAAUCUGCAUGAACACGCUGGGCUCGUACAGAUGCAGCUGCGCAGAUGGGUUCAGCCUUCAGGCCAACAGAAGGUCCUGCAAAGCCAAAACCGAUCCCGGUGAUCGACCGCCAAUGUUGCUGAUAGCCAAUCAGAACUCGCUCUCAGUCUCCUAUUUGAACGGAUCGUCUGUGACGAAUAUGAAGGCAGUGGAUGUGAACGGCACCCAGACGCUGGAUUUCAUUCACAGAGACGAGACGCUCUGCUGGCUUCAGACCUCCAGAUCUGCUGGUCAGCUCUGGUGCGCCAAACUGACCAAACAGAAAGGGAUUUCAGAGAAGCGGCAGAUUCGGAUUCCUCAGGACCUGCAGAACGUGGAGCAUAUGGCUGUAGACUGGCUCACGGGCAGCUUCUACUUCGUGGACCGUGUGAGCGAUCGGAUCUUCGCCUGCAGCGAGAGGGCGGACGCUUGCGUUACCGUCGUGGAGCUGGACAUCCAGAACCCCAGAGCAAUCACCCUGGAUCCAGUACUGGGGAAGCUGUUUUUCACGGAUUAUGGAAGUGUGGCUAAGCUGGAACGCUGUGGAUUGGACGGAUCUGAGCGGAGGCGAAUCGUGGAGAGCCGGAUGGAGCAGCCCACAGCGCUGACCCUCGACCUGAUCAGCAAACUGGUUUACUGGGCCGACGUGUACCUGGACAUUAUUGAAGUGGUAGAUUACGACGGAAAGAAGCGACACACAGUCAUCAGAGGAAACUCAGUGUCACACCUGUACGGAUUAGCGCUCUUUGAAGAUUACCUGUUUGCGUCGUGUUCGGAUCCGUCGCGUGGAGGGAAAGUGGACGUUUUGAGGAUAAACCGUUUCAACAGCAGCGACACUCACCCUGUCAUCACUCUGGAAAGUUCCAGAACUCUGAGAGUUUAUCACAAACUCACCCAGCCCACAGUGAGGACUCAUGCGUGUGUUCUAGAUGUUCAGGGGAGAAGCGGCAGCUGCUCUCACCUCUGUCUCCUCAGCAGCAGCUAUAAAUCUCGAGUGUGUCGCUGUCGCGCAGGAUACACUCUCGCCAGCGACAGCACAGACUGCAAGAAGAUGAAGGAUACUCCGUUCCUGUUUUACGGUAAAGGUCGUCCCGGGGUUGUGCGAGGCUUCGGGUUGGAGAGUAAAUCGGCCAAUCAGCUGAUGACUCAGAUAGAAGGACUGGUCAGCCCCAGAGCGCUGGACUUCCACUCAGCCAGUGGCUACAUCUACUUCUCCGACACAACCAGCUUUCUGAUUGGCCGGCAGAAAGUGGACGGAACUGGAAGGGAAACUGUCCUGAAAGACGAUCUGGAGAACGUGGAGGGGAUCUCGGUGGACUGGUUGGGCAGUAAUCUGUACUGGACGAGUGAUGGUCACAGGAAGGCGGUGAGUGUGGCCCGGUUGGAUGGAGCAGCUGAGAGCAGGAAGACUCUGCUGGAGGGGGGCAUGACCCACCCCAGAGCCAUCGCUGUGAACCCCCCUGCAGGCUGGAUGUACUGGACGGACUGGGAGGAGGACGAGGUGAACGACAGCAGGGGAAGGAUAGAGAAGGCGUGGAUGGAUGGAUCUCAUCGUCAGACUUUCAUCUCCUCCAGGGUUCUGUGGCCCAACGGACUGACCAUAGACCCCUCCAGCAGCGUGCUGUACUGGUGUGAUGCUUAUUACGAUCACAUCGAGAAGAUCUACCUCAACGGAACCCACAGAACCGUGAUCUACGACGGGAAGGAGCUGAAUCACCCGUUUGGAAUUUCACACUAUCAGAACUCCAUUUUUUGGACGGAUUAUAUGAACGCCUCCAUUUUCCAGCUGGAUCUGCUGUCGGGGAAAGUGGCGCUGCUGAGGCGGGAGAGCCCCCCGCUGUUUGGACUGCAGGUGUACGACCCCCAGAAACAGAAAGGGACUAACGCUUGCUCAGUCGAUCAUGGAGGGUGCGGUCUGACUGCGCUGUGUCUGACUGUACCUGGGGGUCGGGUGUGUGCAUGUGCAGAUGGUCAGCACCUGCUGAAGGACGACCUCACCUGCUCAGCCUCAUCCGUGCUACUGCACCCUAAGCAGUGUGGUCUGCAGGAGUUCCAGUGCAGGAAUCAGCGCUGUAUCCAGCUGUCCUGGCGCUGUGACGGUGAUGAUGACUGUUCAGAUGGCAGUGAUGAAGAGCCACAUCUUUGCUCCAAUCGCAGCUGUCCCCUCGAUCAGUUCCGCUGCCAGAACGGACGCUGCAUCCCAAAGAAGUGGUUGUGUGACGGAGCCAAUGACUGCGGCAACAACGAGGACGAGGCAAACCUCACCUGCUCAGCCCAGACAUGCCAGGCCGGGCAGUUCUCCUGUCAGAACGGCCGCUGCAUUCCCGAGAACUGGCGCUGCGAUCGAGACGAUGAUUGCGGAGAUCAUUCAGACGAGCCGUCGUCUUGCGAUUUUCCAACCUGUGCUCCACUCACACAGUUCAGCUGCUCCAAUGGAAGAUGCAUUAGCAGCAAGUGGCGCUGUGAUUCUGAGGACGACUGUGGUGAUGGCAGUGAUGAGGUGGGAUGUGUUCAUGCUUGUUCAGUGGCUCAGUUCCAGUGUUUCAGUGGGAAGUGUAUUCCGGAGCACUGGCUGUGUGAUGGAGACAAUGACUGUGGAGAUUACAGCGAUGAGAACAUCACCUGCAGAGGAACAGUGCUGGCCUCUGUCAGUGACUGCAGUGAGGAGGAGUUUCGAUGCCGUAGUGAUGGCUCGUGUAUCCCUGAGCGAUGGCGGUGUGAUGGUGAUAAGGACUGUGAGGACGGCAGUGAUGAGGUGGCGUGUGAGGGGGUGCGAAGAGCGUGUGACCCCAAAGCAAAGUUCACCUGUAAAAGCUCAGGGAAGUGUAUUUCGCGGAGCUGGGUGUGUGAUGGAGAUCAGGACUGUGAGGAUCACUCUGAUGAGACGGGGUGUGUGUCGUCGGUGUGUAAACCGCCCCGGUUCUCCUGUGCCAACGACUCCUCCACCUGCCUGCCCCCAGAGCGCAUCUGCAACGGCCGCCGCGACUGCGCGGACCACUCGGACGAGGGGCCGUUCUGCGGUAGAUGCCUGGUGGAUAACGGAGGCUGUAGUCACCAGUGUGUGUUAGCUCCAAGUAAAGGAGUGGUGUGUAUGUGUCCCACUGGACUGCACCUGGCCGCUGAUGGACGCACCUGCGGUCAGCAGGACCUGUGCUCGGCACACCUGCGCUGUUCUCAGGUGUGUGAGCAGCACAAGCACACACUGAAGUGCUCAUGUUACCCAGGCUGGAGACUGGAACCGGAUGGAGAGAGCUGCCAGAGUACAGACCCGUUUGAGCCGUUCGUCAUGUUCUCCAUCCGUCACGAGAUCCGUCGGAUCAGCCUGAGAAGUGGAGACUACAGCCUGCUGGUUCCGGCGCUGAGGAACACCAUCGCACUGGACUUCCACUUCAGCCAGAGGCUUCUGUACUGGACUGAUGUGGUGGAAGACCAGAUAUACCGCGGAAAACUGUCUGAUAGUGGAGGUGUCUCUGGGAUCGAGGUGGUGGUGCAGCAUGGCCUGGCAACCCCCGAGGGUCUGGCUGUGGAUUGGAUAGCUGGAAAUUUGUACUGGAUCGACAGUAAUCUGGACCAGAUUGAGGUUGCCAAGCUGGACGGUAAACUGCGGACCACCCUCAUCGCCGGAGGCAUGGAGCACCCCCGCGCCAUCGCCCUGGAUCCAGGACAAGGGGCAUUGUUCUGGACGGACUGGGAUGCCAUGUUUCCCCGGAUCGAGGGAGCGUCUAUGAGUGGCUCACACCGACACGUGGUCUACAGGGACAUGGAGGUGGGGGCGUGGCCUAAUGGACUCACGCUGGACCAUGUGGAGAAGAGGAUUGUGUGGACGGAUGCAAGGUCGGAUGCGAUCUACUCUGCUCUGUAUGACGGCUCGGGUCUGAUCGAGAUCCUGAGGGGUCACGAGUACCUGUCCCACCCUUUUGCUGUGUCCGUAUAUGGAGGGAGCGUGUUCUGGACUGACUGGAGAACCAACACUCUGACCAAAGCUAGCAAGUGGACCGGCGCCAACGUGACCGUGAUCCAGAAGACCAGCGCCCAGCCUUUCGACCUGGAGAUCGUCCACCCCAGCCGCCAGCCACAGACUCCAAACCCGUGUGAAGCCAACAGGGGUAAGGGUCCCUGUUCUCAUCUCUGUCUACUAAACUAUAACGGCUCAGCUGCUUGUGCUUGCCCAUACCUAAUGAAGCUCUCCACAAACAACCGCACCUGCCAAGCUGUGAAGAGGUUCCUGCUGUACGCACGGAGGUCCGAGAUCCGAGGUGUGGAUCUAGAUAACCCGUACCUCAACAUCAUCACUGCAUUAACCGUGCCGGACAUCGAUGAUGUCACAGCCAUGGAUUACGAUGCUACGGAUGAGCGGAUUUACUGGGCUGACGUUAAAACCCGGACCAUUAAACGAGCGUCCAUCAACGGAACCAGACUGGAGACCGUCAUGUCUGCAGAUGUGCUGAACGUGCGAGGGCUGGCCGUGGACUGGUUAUCCAGGAACUUGUACUGGAUGAGUUCAGACAGCGAGGAGACUCAGAUUAACGUGGCUCGUUUGGACGGCUCACUCAAAUCCACCCUCGUCCACGGCAUCGACAAACCCAGGAGCCUCGUUCUGCACCCGGCCAAAGGCAAGAUGUUCUGGACAGAUGGAAACACCAUAAACGUGGCCAGCAUGGACGGCAGUAACAGCAAGAUCCUCCACCAGAACCAGAAGGAACCAGUCGGUCUGUGUAUAGAUCACUCCUCCAGCAAACUCUACUGGAUCAGCUCUGGGAAUGGAACCAUUAACAGGUGUAAUCUGGAUGGGAGUGGCCUGGAAGUGAUUGACAGUUUGAAGAAGGAGCUGAUGAAGGCCACAGCUCUAGCAGUGAUGGGGAGUAAGCUGUGGUGGGCAGAUGAUGUGCUGGCCCAAGUGGGCACCAUAAACAAGAAGGAUGGAAAGAACAUGGAGGUUUUGAGAUCCAAGACUACGGGAGUGGUCCAGAUCAGAGUCUAUGACAAAGAUGGGCAAAAAGGGGAGAACGUGUGCAUGGUGAACAACGGCGGAUGCUCUCAGCUGUGCCUGCCCACCUCGGAGAACACGCGCAUCUGCUCAUGCACUACAGGCUACAGCCUCCGCACUGACCGCUCCACCUGCCAAGGAGUGGGAUCGUUCCUGUUGUACUCGACUCACGAGGGGAUUCGGGGCAUUGCGCUGGAGCCCGGAGAUAACUCAGACGCUCUAACGCCAAUGUCAGGAACGCUCUCUGCAGCCGGCCUAGACUACCAUGCAGGAAAUGACACGCUGUACUGGACUGAUGUAGUAUCAAAUAAAAUCUGGCGAGCGGGUCGGGAUCAGACGUGGAGGGAGGAGGUGGUGGGCAGUAGUGUAGGACAUGCUGAGGGUCUGGCAGUGGACUGGAUAGCAGGUAAUCUCUACUGGACGGACCACAGCCUGGACCUGAUCGAGGUCUCUCGGUUGAAUGGGGCGUUUCGGGAUGUGGUCAUAUCUGAAGGACUCGAUAAACCUGGAGCUAUUGCUGUUCACCCACUUAAAGGGUUCCUCAUCUGGACAGAAUGGGGUCAAACCCCGAGAAUCAGCAGGGCCCGACUGGACGGCUCAGAGCAAAUGGUGCUUGCUAACUCUGGAAUAUCCUGGCCCAGCGGAAUCUCCAUAGACUACCAGGAAAACAAAUUAUACUGGUGCGACGCUCGCAUGGACAAGAUCGAGCGGAUCAGCCUGGAGAGCGGCGCGGAGCGGGAGAUUGUGCUGUCAGCCGGCGGAGCCGAUAUGUUUUCCGUGGCCGUCUUCGGCUCUUACCUCUACUGGUCUGACAGGAACUACGCUAACGGCUCCAUUCGCCGCAGCUCCAAGAACGACGCCUCGAACGCCGUCGCGGUCAGGAGCGGCCUGGGACUGAACCUGCGAGACGUUAAAGUGUUUAACCGAGACCGGGAGAAAGGCACUAAUCUGUGUGGGCGGGGUAAUGGAGGAUGUGAGCAGUUGUGUUUUUAUAUGGGAGAAAACAGGAAGUCCUGCUCGUGUUCCCACGGUUACCUGGCUCAGGAUGGCCUCCGCUGCCGCCCGUAUGAAGGCUACCUGCUCUACUCAGAGCGGACCACCCUGAGGACCGCCCACCUGUCAGACCAAACAACCCGGAAUUAUCCUAUCAGGCCCUAUGAGAACCCCGCCUACUUUAAAAACAUCAUCGCUCUAGCCUUCGACUACCGGCAGAAAACUGACGGCUCCAACCGCAUCUUCUACAGCGACGUUCACUACGCCAGCAUCCAGAUGAUUAAUGACGACUGGACCGGACACCAGGUCCUGGCUAAAGGUGUCGGCUCUGUGGAGGGUUUGGCGUACCACCGCGGCUGGGAUGCGCUCUACUGGACGAGCUCCACCACGGCCUCCAUCAUCCGGCACAGCGUGGACCAGAGCCGACCGGGAGCGUUCCACCAGGACACGGUUCUCCGCAUGGCAGAGGAUGACCACCCACAUGUCCUGGCCCUGGACGAGUGCCAAAACUUGAUGUUUUGGACCAACUGGAACGAAAGAAGGCCCGGCAUCCUGAGAGCGACCCUUUCUGGAAGGAACAUGCGGCUCAUCAUUAGCGAACGCAUCCUCACGCCUAAUGGACUUACCAUUGACCAUCGAGCCGAGAAGCUGUACUUCUCUGACGGCAGCCUGGGCUCUUUAGAGAGAUGUGACUAUGAUGGGUCGCACCGAUACGUGGUUGUAAAGGCAGGUCCCGGGACGUUUUUCGGGCUGGCGGUGUACGGAGACUUCCUCUUCUGGUCAGAUUGGGAGCAGCGCUCGGUGAUGCGGAGCGAUAAACUCACCGGAGCGGACGUGACGAUCCUGAGAGCAGACAGUACCCAGCAGCCCAUGGGCAUCACGGCCGUGGCCAACGACACACACAGCUGUGAGCUGUCUCCCUGCACUGUGAAUAACGGAGGCUGCCAGGACCUCUGCCUGAUAACCCCGAGGGGCACAGUGACCUGCGGCUGUCGGGGCGAGCGGAUACUACUGGAUGAUAACAGAUGUGUAUCGCUGAACUCCUCCUGUAACGCUCACCUGGAGUUUGAGUGUGGAAACGGAGAAUGCAUCGGCUACCAGCUGACGUGUGAUGGCGUCCCGCACUGCAAAGACAAAUCUGACGAGAAGAGGCAGUACUGCGAUAACCGUAACUGUAGGAAUGGUUAUAAAUCCUGUUAUAACCAGCGCUGUGUGUCCAACUCACACUUCUGUAAUGGGGUGGAUGACUGUGGAGAUAAUUCUGAUGAAGUCUACUGCAAUAGUUCUUCGUGCUCGGCUGAGGAGCGGCGCUGUGCAGAUGGUGCGUGCGUGCCGCAGGCAGCCUGGUGCAAUCAGAUCAUCGACUGCGCUGACGCCUCUGAUGAGAAGAACUGCAGUAAUGUGGACUGUGUGGAUUACCACCAGCUGGGCGUGCGUGCGCGCGGCGGCGUUUUCCUCAGGUGUAACUCCACCUCCCUGUGUGUUCUCCCUCACUGGCUGUGCGACGGCGCCAACGACUGCGGCGAUUUCUCUGAUGAGGCGCGGUGCCGCGUCUCUAAAGGUCAAGCAUGUGCAGAAGGUCACUUUGCGUGUCCCAGCGGUCACUGCAUCUCCACCCGCUGGCUGUGCGAUGGUCAGAAGGACUGCGAGGACGGAGCGGAUGAGCUCCAGUGUGACUCAUCCUGUCUGUGGGAUCAGUUCUCCUGCUCCAGGACCAGAUGUAUCUCUCGGCAGUGGGUGUGUGACGGAGAGGACGACUGCGGUGACGGGGCUGAUGAGGACCCCGAGAUCUGUGACUCAGUUACAUGUGCUGCAGGGUUAUUCAGCUGCUCUGGCUCGUACGGCUGUGUGUCUCGACAGUGGCUGUGUGACGGGGAGAGAGAUUGUCCUGAUGGCAGUGAUGAGCUUGAAGCGGCUGGCUGUGCUCCGAAUCGCACAUGUUCAGUGGGUUCCUUCCGCUGUCGUAAUCAGCUCUGCAUCCCGCAAAGCUUUGUGUGUGAUCACGAUGACGACUGUGGAGACAGCUCAGACGAGUCUCUUCAGUGCGAGUACCGCUCGUGUUUAGACGCAGAGUUUCGCUGUACAGAUGGGCGGUGUUUACCGAGUUCACAGUGGGAAUGCGAUGGUUUUCCCGACUGUCUGGACCAAUCAGACGAGCCGCCACUGAACCCCAAGUGCUCCGCCGCAGAAAGUUUGUGCAACGGAUCAGUUUUCAUGUGUGCCAACGGUCGCUGUGUCCCACUGGGCAGUGUUUGUGACCGGCGCGACGACUGUGGUGACCAGUCUGAUGAGCGGAACUGUGGAGUUAACGAAUGUUUAAAUCGCAAAGUCAGUGGCUGCUCUCAAGACUGCCAGGACAUGCCUGUGGGAUACAAGUGUACGUGCUGGUCAGGUUUCCGGCUGAAGGCGGAUGGACGGACGUGUGUGGACAUGGAUGAGUGUGUGGAGAGCUUCCCCUGCAGCCAGCAGUGUGUAAACACAUACGGCUCAUACAAAUGCCUAUGUGUGGACGGAUACCAAAGACUGGACACUGACCCACACAGCUGCAGAGCUAUAACAGCAGACGAGCCAUUUCUGAUUCUGGCCGACCAUCACGAGAUCAGAAAGAUCAGCCUGGAUGGGUUAAACUACACCCUCCUGAAACAGGGUCUCAGUAAUGUUCUCUCUCUAGACUUUGACUACAGGAAGGAGCUGAUCUUUUGGAUUGACACCAGCAGACCCAGCGGACGCAGGAUUAACAGAAUGCGUCUCAAUGGGAGCGACCUCAAGGUGGUCCACAGGACGUCUGUGCCGAAUGCCCUGGCAGUGGACUGGAUCGGGAAGAAUCUGUACUGGUGUGAUGCUGAGAGGAAGACUGUGGAGGUGGCGAAGGCUAACGGACUCUACCCCACUGUCCUCCUCAGCACUGGGCUGAGAAACCCUUCUGCUCUCGCACUGGAUACUAACACAGGGUUUGUGUUCUGGAUAGACUGCUGUGAGUAUCCACACAUCGGGCGGAUCGGGAUGGACGGGAGUAAAGCGCAGGUGAUUGUUGAUACAGAAAUACACACCCCGUCUGCUCUCACCAUCGACUACGUCAACCAGAGGAUCUACUGGGCAGAUCAGAACCACAUACUGUUCUCUAACAUGGACGGCUCCAGAAGAUACCGAGUUCCUAACGAGGGCAUGGGUGGGGUUACGAGUCUGGCGCUGUUUGAGGAUUUCCUCUAUUGGAGCGAUCAGAAGACCAAAACACUAAGUCGGGCUCACAAGACCACCGGAGCCAAGCGCUCCGAACUCCUCAGCUCCUGGCAAACCAUCCGAGACAUUAAAGUCUACCACCCACUCCGGCAGCCCGACGUUCCUAAACACCAGUGUCAGGUGAAUAAUGGAGGCUGCAGUCACCUGUGCCUACUGUCUCCAGGUGGAGGGUACAGGUGUGCCUGCCCCACCCACUUUUAUCUGGCCAAUGACAACAAGACCUGUCUUUCUAACUGCACUGCAAGCCAGUUUCGUUGUGGUACAGAUGAGUGUAUUCCCUUCUGGUGGAAAUGUGACACUGUAGAUGACUGUGGCGAUGGUUCAGAUGAACCUGCAGACUGUCCGGAGUUUAAGUGUCAGCCGGGUCGGUUUCAGUGCCGGACGGGUCUGUGUGCUCUCCCUCCGUUUAUCUGUGAUGGAGAGAACGACUGUGGAGAUAACUCAGAUGAAGCCAACUGUGAUUCCUACAUCUGUCUCUCAGGGCAUUUUAAAUGCACGCAGACACACCGGUGUAUCCCUGGGAACCUGCGGUGUAAUGGUCAGGAUGACUGUGGGGACGGAGAGGACGAGCAUGAGUGCCCUGAUAACACAUGCUCACCCACCCAGUUCCAGUGUAAGACCACAAAGCACUGCAUCUCGAAGCUGUGGGUGUGUGAUGAGGACCCGGACUGUGCCGACGGCUCGGACGAAGCCAACUGUGAUGAGAAGACCUGUGGACCUCAUGAGUUCCGCUGCAGGAAUAAUAACUGCAUACCGGAGCACUGGAGGUGCGACGGCCAGAGCGACUGUGGAGACAACUCAGACGAGGAAAACUGUAAGCCAGUAACGUGCAGCUGGAAGGAUUUUGUGUGUGCUAACGGGGAGUGUAUCUCUGCACGAUUUCGCUGUGAUGGAGACUUCGACUGCACUGACCACUCAGAUGAGAGGGGCUGUGAGAGCCGCUGUGCUGAGGGUCAGUAUCAAUGUCAGAAUCGUCUGUGUAUCUCGAUGAAGUGGCUGUGUGACGGACAGGAGGACUGCAAGAAUGGAGAGGAUGAAAAGCACUGUCAGCCAGCCAACACUGCUUUAAUAGCCGGUCCGUCCUGUGAUGUGAGUGAGUAUGUGUGUGUAGGGGGCGGCUGUGUGUCAGCUGGGUUACGCUGUGACGGAAAGAACGACUGCACGGAUGGAUCAGAUGAGGUGGACUGUGUGCGUGAGUGUAAGCAGGAGGAGUUUGUGUGCCGUAACCGAGCGCACUGUGUUCCCUCCGGGUGGCGCUGUGAUGGGGUUGCCGACUGCCUGGACCAAAGCGAUGAGGAAAACUGUGAAAACGAUGGGCUGACCUGUCGCCCUGACGAGUAUGUGUGCAAUAACACGCUCUGUAAGCUGCUGGUGUGGCUGUGUGACGGGGAGGAUGACUGUGGUGAUAAUUCAGAUGAAGAUUCAGAGCUGUGUGUGAAGCUGCCGUGUCCUCCGAGCAGACCGUUCCGCUGCAGGAAUGAUAGAGUGUGUGUGAGGACGGAACAGGUGUGUAACGGAGUGAACGACUGUGGAGACAACUCAGACGAGGAGGAGUGUGGUGUGGUUGGUAAAGCGAGGGCGUGUGGGAAGGCGGAGUUCUCCUGCUCUAACGGACGCUGUGUGUCAGCUGAUCUGCAGUGUGACCUGUUUGAUGACUGUGGAGACGGAGGCUCAGAUGAGCAUGACUGCAAACAGUUAUCUUUGGAGGGUCACUGUGGAGGGGACACACACUCAUGUGGAGAUGAUGCUUUCUGUAAUCAGACUUCCUCUCAGGCAGUGUGUGAGUGCAGAGCUGGAUUCAGGAGAGAUCAGCGGAGCAGGAAGUGUGAAGAGGUAAACGAGUGUGCGCUGUUUGGAGUGUGUUCUCAGUACUGUGCGAACGCUAAGGGCUCCUAUAAGUGCACCUGCGACAGGAACUUUAAGGAGAUUGAUGGAGAAUGCAUCACUAAAGGUCCAGAUGAUCAGGUGCUGUAUGUGGCGAACGAUACGGAGAUGCACAGCUUUGUUUACCCCUUCAAUCAGAGCCACGGGCACACCCAGCUCGCCCGGCUGCCCGACAACGCCCGCAUUGUGGGGAUGGACGGCCUUUUCCAUCUGCACAAGUUUGUGUGGGCCACCCAGUUUAACCCCGGGGGCAUUUUCUACCGAGAUCUGGGGGAACGGACCCCCACCCGAGGGAGCAGCGGGACUAUUUGUUCAGAUUUCCGUCGGCCACGGGAUAUCUCUGCAGACUGGGUGACCGGAGCUCUGUACUGGACUGAUCACUCCCGCAUGCACUGGUUCAGUUACUACACCGCCCACUGGAGGCGCCUGCGCUACUCCAUCAACGUGGGCCAGCUCAACGGCCCCAACUGCACCCGCCUUAUCACCGACCUGCAGGGGGAGCCCUUCGCCAUCACUGUGAACCCUGUCCGAGGGAUGAUGUACUGGACAGUGAUUGGUGACAACUCACACAUAGAAGAAGCUGCUAUGGAUGGAUCUCUGCGUCGUGUUCUGCUGGAGAAGAACCUUCGUAAGCCUACAGGCUUGGCGAUUGACUACUAUGGAGAGCGUCUGUACUGGUCUGACUCUGAGCUGUCAGUGAUCGGCAGCGUUAGACUGGACGGCUCGGACGCUCAGCUGUUCGCAGGUCCUCAACAUGGUAUUUCUCAGCCGUUCCGUAUCGAUGUCUUCGAGGACUAUGUGUACGGGACAGACCUGAAGCACGAGGUGUUCCGGGUGCACAAGUACGGGAGGCAGCCAGCCGAGACUCUGCGUCUGCGGGUGGAGAAAGUCUCCAGCAUCCUGGUGUUCCACCGUUACAAGCAGCAGGAGGUACUAAACCCGUGUGUGAGGAUGGGCUGUGAUUUCCUGUGUCUGUUGAAUCCGGAGGGGGCGAGGUGUGUGUGUCCAGAGGGGAAAGCUGUGGUGAACAGGACCUGCAGGAACACCAGCGUCUCAGGUGAGCUGUGUCGGCCGGCGUGUGAGAACGGUGGGCGGUGUGUGUUAAACGAGAGAGGACAGGCCCGCUGCCUCUGCUGGCCCAAUUACUCCGGUCAGCAGUGUGAAAUCAGCCACUGCAAAGAGCACUGCCUCAACGGAGGCACCUGCACCGCCUCAACACUGGGGAAGCCUGCGUGUCGCUGUGCGCUGGGCUUCACUGGGUCGCUGUGUGAGAGGCGAGUGUGUGACGGUUUCUGUCUAAAUGGAGGCACGUGUGACAUCACGCUCGGCAACCAGCCGUUCUGCUACUGUCCAGCGGAGUACACCGGAGAGCGCUGCAGAGACCAUAUCUGUCAUUACUUCUGUGUGAACUCGAAGGCGUGUACUCUGUCCGGUUCGGGGGAUGUGGAGUGUGUGUGUCCGACUCGUUAUGAAGGGCUGAAGUGUGAGGUGGAUCGGUGUGUUCACUGCAGGGGGGCACCUUGCAUCGUCGACAACCACACCGGAGAUGUGUUCUGCAACUGCACUAGUGGGAGAAUAGCGUCCAGCUGUCAGCUGUGUGACGGGUACUGCUAUAAUGGAGGAACCUGUCACCUGGAUUCAGAGACAUCCCUGCCCUUCUGCCACUGCCCGGCGGGGUUUAAGAGUCAGCGGUGUGACGAGCGGGUCGACCCGUGUGUGCUGUACUGUCAGAACCGGGGGAUAUGUGCCAUAACCGCCUUUAACAAACCCCACUGCAAGUGUUCAACCAACUGGACGGGAACACAGUGUGAGAGACCCGCCUCCAAAAUCUUUCGGAUCGACAACGUCAGCGAGAGAAGCAUCGCCAUCAUCGUUCCUCUGGUGCUGCUGGUGAUCAUCGUGAGCUCUGUGACAGUGGGGGUGCUGGUCUGCAAACGACGACAAAGGGGAAAGCAUGUACAGAGGCAGCCCAUGGCGAACGGUGGGCUGAACGUGGAGAUUGGAAACCCCUCCUACAACAUGUACGAGAUGGAGCACGACAAUCACGUGGAUGUUGGGAGCUUCCUGCACCCCAGCUUCACUCUGGAUCCUCAUAAGGGCUGGUGUGUGAGAUCCAGUGACCCUCGAAAUCUUCCCCCCCACCCUCUGCACCCCUCACACACUUUACCUGUUCACUCUGUCCCCACAGAGCUCAUCCCAGGACAGGCUAUGAACUACUCCAAUCCCAUCUAUGCCAAGAUGUACGUCGACGGGCAGCAAUGCCGGAAACCCAUCAUCCGGCUGAACGACUUCCGGAGAGAUCCGCUCCCAAAGAGACUGGAAACGGCCAUCCGUGAGACAGCCGCGUGAACCUAGCUUUUACAACUUAGCUCAUCUUUUUCUAAGGACUUGUACAAAACGGACUGAGGAGAAAAACACUUUUUAUAAGUCUAAUCAGGUUCGGACGACCGAGCGCUCGUCCGUCGUCACGUCUGUUCACACGCCUGCCGAUCCUGGACUCGGAACACGUUCUCAUCUCUUUCUUUUUAUUUUAUUUUUUUAUUAUUUUGCUUUCUCACAAAAACAAUGCACUCAACAAUACCACAGUACGCUGCUCUGAAGACUGUUUGGAGACUUUAUGUAGAUUUUGUUGAAUAUUAUAUACAGUAUAUGUAUAUAUAUAUAUAUAUAUAUAUAUAUAAAUAAAUAUAUAUAUAUACACACACAGCUGCCCGUGGUAGCAUCAUCACCAAGGCAUAGAGAUUAUAAUCCCGAGUUGCCUCUGCCUUUUACUAGAACUACAGAUCAUAUUUAAGACACAUAUUUAAGAAAAGAUCAUAUUCACAUAGCACAGAUUUUAUUUUUGAUAUCACUGAAUGGCUCUGCGAAGUAAUACCUGCGCUACUGUAUCCGGUACCCUUUAUACCUUGUAGGCUUUCUAAUAUGCAGAACCAAAAGAUACAGAACCCAGCUGUAGAUGUUAGUACAGUAUCUUGGUUUCAUAUAUUUAAUUAUUUAAUUGCAUUCAAAUCUUCUUCUCUUGACAGUCAAAUCCACACACAAGCUCCAUAUACUUCUACUACACACACAUCCACAGAAACCUGAGGAGAAUCUGAGGAGUGUGGAAAAGAAAACACUCUGCUGAAACAAAUGUACACACUUGAAACUAGGAAUGGGAAAAAAAAAAGGUUUUAUAAUUUUAUAUUUGAUUUAUAUGUCCGGUUGGCUCGUAUUUUCAGGUAAUGUAUUACAUGUUGUACUUUUAUACUGAUUGUACAGUAUGUUGGGUACACUGGUCCCACUUCAAGUUGGGUCGCGAUCAAAGUGCUUAAAUGAUAAAUGAUAAUCUUUUAACUUAAUUCUUAUAUAAAUAAACAGUUCUGUGUAAGUUAAGUAUUCAUUUCUGCAUCGUUUAUCUACAGGCACUGAUUGUGUCGCCUAAUCUGAUCUUGGACCAGUGACUCUAGAUCUGAAAUAAACCAAAUUUCCUUACCACUA